UGCAUUUCAGUGCCGCCCAUCCCUAAUAAAAUAAUAAGCAAAGAAAACAAACAAAAUGGAGAAAGAACUGGAAUUAAUUAACAGCAAUUUAAACAAUGCCUUGGCCAAGCUGGUGGAGAGUAAAAGAAACCAAACCAAGGAUGAAGAUAGUCAGAAGCGCAAGGAAAGAAUCGCCAGGCUCCUGUGGCUGCACAUACAGCAUGUUCAGCUAACUGUGAUUACACACAGACGACGUUCGCAGCAGAGAAGCAGGCGACGGUAUAGACUUCUGCGAUCGUUUUUCAUGCAGCAAAUGGUGGAGAUGCAAUCCAAUUAUAUGCAGAUGUAUGCCAUGUUGAGCCUCAAGCGUGCCAGCCUGGAAGAUGGCGAGUCCGCGGAGAGCGAUGCCAACGAGGAAUCAGCAGACGAUCAGCAGACUGUCUCUGAGGACAUAUUCCCGGAGCUGAGCGAUGAAGAGUUCCUCAACAAACUGCACAUUACGCGGAGCACCUUUGAAGCGCUUUGCCGGCAGCUAACACCUGCAAUGCGCCAGGGGGGACAGUGCAGUGGUAGAUCGCUCGAAAUUUCUCUAGACAAAUGCGUUGCCCUGGCGGUAUACUAUCUGGCCAGCGGCGAGCGCAUCUCGAUCAUAUCGAAUCUGUUUUCCGUACCCCGGUUAAAGACAAUCAAGUGCCUGAAACUCUUCUGCAACGCCGUCAUGACCACGUUAGGAAAAGCUCUACGCAAAUUGCCCCAAUCCGAGCCAGACUGCGGCAAUGUGAUGGCAGGCUUCCAGAAAGAAAGCAACAUGCCGGCCGCCCUCGUUGGCAUACUGGGCGUGUGCUCCAUUCCGAUACGUGCCAAUGGCGGGCCCGUGAACAAAGCAGGCCAAUCGGUUAUGCGCAUGGAGUUUCUAUUGGACGACCGCAUGCUCUUCCGCGAACUACAGCUCGGUCACGGAAGCAAGGCCUCCAUGAUGCCUAUGUUCUCCACAGCGCCAAACCGACUUACGGAUCUGCCCCAGAUACCCAUAAACGGACGCCUAAUAUCCCCCUUUGUCUUGGUUCCGCCUCAACAAAAUUAUCCACUGCGUCGAUGGCUUCUCCAGCGCUACGCGGAUCCAAUUUCUCCGCACGAGCACGACUUCAACGAAGUGGCAGAACGCCUGAAGGAAUUGAGCGACUGCGCUCUGCACCGUCUGAUGUCGCGGUGGCACUUUUUCAUCCAGCCGCUGGACAUUCGUUUCCAGACAGCCUCCUGCAUUAUUACAGCCGCUGCAGUCCUGCACAACCUGCUGGAGCAGGUAGGCGAGCCGCAUAUGCUGGAAUGGGGCAACGCAGUGGAUGUCUCCAAGUUUAAAACAGACCCACUGCCAGACUGCUGCGAUGAUGCCGAAGAAGAGACGGAGAGAGGUUUGCGAGUGCGCGACUUUCUGGCUCGAACCAUAAGCUCCACUGAAAUCUAAACUUUCCUCACGCCAAAUUCCGAAUAGUUGCAAUAAAAAGUAAUUUACUUAAGAUACAUUUAGCAAAAUGUAA